UCAAGUUAUCGUCAAGUCGAACUGAAAAUUUAAGUCGAGUCUUGCGAUUUCGCUUUCGACUUGUUCACCAGGGGACCGAAAAAUGUUGCCAGCUUUCCUUUUUGUUGAAAUUAUGUGACAAAGCGUAUUCUUUGUGACAAAAAGUUCAGAGGGCUGCAAUUUUGGCCUCAGAUAUUUAGAAGGAUUUUGACCUUGAAUAAUUUAGGUACAGACUUCACUUCUUCGCUUCUUUUUUUUUUAAUUUUGUGAGAGAAAGAAACCAAGGAAAGUUUCGCCUUGAAAAAGUGGUUAUUUAAAACAAUUCUGCGACAACUGAAAAGAUAAAAAAAUUUCGCUGACUUUGAUUUAUUUUAUUCAAGAAAAAAAAUCUAUUUUUGGGAAAGGAGACUGAAAUAACUGGGAGACUUGGGGGAAGUUUUUACUUGAAAAUAGAAUCAUUUUGGAGAAAAACCUUGACGCAGAAAUAAAAAAUGAUUUUUUAAUUUUUUACAAUUUUUAAAAAAGGGGGUUAGCACGAUAACAGGGUAGUGGAUUAUCACGAUAAAUAAGUAUUCACGAUGAAAAAGAGAAUUGCAUGAUAAAAAAGUGUAUUUCACAAUAAAAAAAUGUAUUGCAAGAUUUCUUAAAAAACGAACGAUAAGGUAGGUGGUAUCCACGAUAUAUCGAUAUAUAUGAUACGAUAGUAAGAACAAUAAAAAAUAAACAAUUUCCACGAGAAGUUUUUGACAGAAUGAACGAUAAAUAAGUGAUGUCCACGAAAAAGAAGGAUAAUUGAACGACAAAAAGUAAGAUACGAUUUUCGCGAGUGAAUAAAAAGUGAAGUGUUCUAGUUGGUAGUUUAAAAUUCAUCUGGAGGCGAAAGGAAGCAUCCAAAAGAAAAAUUCAUGGUAACAAAGUUGUAAAGAAUUAAAUUUCCAAUCGACAUUAUGUUAUUAGUUUUUUUCUAGAGUGCUUAGUUUUUGAGUUUUUCUCAAAAAAUUAAAAUUUCAUUACAUGUGCAAAUUCAUUUUUCUGAAAAGUGAUCAAUAUAAAAUUUUUGUUCCAUUUGGUACAAACAAAUAAAAAAAAUGCACUUCUUGUGACUAUUUAUUAUCUGACAAACAAUCAAAACUGUUUUUUAACAUUUUGUAUGUACAAAAUUUACUCAAAAAAGGCGGAGUUUUUUGAGAUGUAUCCUUAUAACUCCAAACAACUUGCAAUGUUGUUGAGAUUUUGAGUUGGACCAUUUGCAUUUAUACAAGAUCUAGAUAAUGUACCCAACUCAAAGUGUUAUUUUUGGUUGAGGGGAGUCAUAUAAACCCCAAAAAUGCGAAAAUGUCAAAAUAGAUUUUUUUUGAAAUGUAACCUUAUUACUCCCGAGGUGCGAAUUUUUCGAGUUGAAUGCAUAAGUGGUUUUUGUAAGUACUACUUACCUAGAUAAUACACCAAAUGAAGUACUUUAUUGGUAAAAGAUAAACUUCCAACAUUAGUACGAGUAUGUGUUUCAAUCGGUUAUACCUAGACUUGCCUUAUCAUUGUCGCGACGUUAAAUUUAACUACAGGUUACAGUGAUGUUAAUUACGUGGGCUGCGCUAUUCGAGCAUGUGACCGUCGAGCCAUGUUUAUUUUUCUAUUUCACCACCUAUCUCAUCUUAAGCGCGGUAAAUACAAAUUUAUACUUACAGAAAUCAUGUCGAUUCAACCAAACUUCGGAGCCAGACUUGAAUACAAAAUGUGACGACGAAAAACAAGGAAUUCUAUUCACCUCGAAAAUGAAUUCGGAUUAUCGUUUCGUGGUAAUGACGGUGUGUGUAAUUUACACCAUCUUAUUAAGUAGCUGGAGCGACGAAGCUGGAAAACGUCGCCUACCUUUGAUUUACCUGCCAAUAAUUGGAAUAAUUAUGCAAUCUUUAUCGGGCUACUUGAAUUCGUAUUUUUGGCAAUGGCAUCCGCUGCUAGCUGCAUUUUCGGAAAUGGGCUGCGAAAUGAUUAGUGGAGGAAUUGUGCUUAUGUUCACAUCGACCGACCUUUACGUGUGCGAUGUAUCGAAUGCGGAAAAUCGUACAAUGCGUUUGGGCAUUUUAUUAGCUGUGAGAGCAAUAUGCGAGCAAUUGGGCAGUGGAGGAGCUGGAUUUAUUCUUAGAGCAAUAGGGUUCUUUUAUUCGUACUUGUUGUGUCUCGUGUUCUCGAUGAUCUCGUUAAUAUUGACUUGGAUUUUUGUCAAAGAUGUAUCGGUUCCUGUAGAGAAAAAACGUCAUUUUCUCCACUGUUUUAAUCUGAGCCGAGUCGUUGAUAGCUUUAGAGUUGUUUUCAAGAAGAGUCUCGGUCGUCGAAGAAUUAUUGUUACUUUAAUGAUGGUCUGUUUUCUUUUCGUGUACUUCGCAAUGGAAGGAGAAAAAACAGUUUUUUAUUUAUUCUUCAGGUAUAAAUUUCAUUGGGAUGAGAGACGAUAUAGCGUUUAUGUCCUUUAUAAAAAUACUGCAAUCAUUCUUGGUACGAUAUUUUGCUCCGUUGUGCUCAGCAAGUAUUUCAAAAUUCACGACGGCGUUAUUGGAAUGUUUGCUGGGUUUUGGGAUACAAUAGCUGUUCUGGGGUAUUUAUUUGCCCACGAUGAUUGGCAUCUUUACAUAGUUCCUUUAUUUGAAAUGUUUCACGGUACAGCUGCAUCAGUAUCUGGAUCAUUCCUCAGUAAAUAUUACGACAGUAGUGAGUAUGGAAGAUUGUAUGCUGUUUGUAGCGUGUUUUGUUUAUUUAUUCCUAUUUGCCAUCCAGCGUAUAAUAUUAUUUUUCAAAACACCAUAGAUGUCUUCCCAGGUGCUUUUUUCAUCCUUAGUGCCAUAAUGGAUAUCGGAGUUAUUAUUUUGUACUGCGCAGCAUAUUUACUUUCUCGGAGAAUGGACGACCAGAAACAGGUUACAACUGGCAGUUGCACCACAUGAAAAAGUGAUGAGCUUAUGAAAAUGUAAUGCAACUAAUUAAAAAUGACCUACCCAUCGUAAAAGUGACCAAUGUGUUUACUUGUUAAUUUUUCAAGAUUAGGUAUACUUAUUUAUUAUAACUUUGUGAAAAAAUUGUAACUUAUUUUAAAUUAUCGUGUUUGAUAAGCUGAUAUAUCUACUAAUAGAUAGGUAGUCGUUGUACUUGAAGUGUCAUUAGAUGCAACGUGAUUCGUAUUUUGAAGAACAUUUUUUCCUAAUUGGAAUUCGGUUUGGUCUUGAUCCUGAUACUAAAUUUUAAUGUGCGUCGUUCGAUAAUAUGAUUAAAGGUAUCUAAUUUUUCA